ACCACCCCAGCUGCUACCAUGACAUCGCUGCUUCUCCUGGAUCUCCUGCUCCUCUGGAGCAUCUGCCUGAGCACCUGCUCUGCAGGUCCAGGGGAUCUUCCAUCUCUCUCUCCUCAGCAUGUGAGGUUCAUCUCUCUGGACUACAAAAAUGUCCUCCACUGGGCUCCACCGGCUGACUCCAGCAGUGACCUGCGCUACCAUGUCCAGUGGAAGAUCUAUGGGGAGAAGCAGUGGAGUGAUGUGGACGGGUGCCAGAGCAUUAGCAGGCUGACUUGUGACCUCAGCCAGGUGACCUCUGAACCCAGAGAGUGGUACUACGCCCAGGUCUCUGUCUCCAAGCCCGGUAGCCAAUCAGCGUGGAUCCUCUCCCCGAGGUUCAACCCCAGCUGGGAGACAUCUGUCAGCUCGCCCAUCUUGAGACUGAGCGUGAAGGAGCAAGGCAUUGUGGUCCGGCUACGCCCUCCUCGCUCGCCCCUCAGAAGAGCCAACGGAAGGAGGAUAAGCAUGGCCAAGCUUCAGAGACUGACCUAUAAAGUCUACCUCAUACCCCCCAAUGGAAAGGAGGAGGUGUUUGAGGUGGAGGGAUGCUCCAAGCAGCUGAUGAUCCCAAAGUUGAGUCCCAGGACCAGGUACUGCCUCCAGGCCCAGAGCAUCCAGCCCCUACUGAGACACAGUAGUCCCCGGGGCAAAGCCCACUGUGUCUCCACACAUUGACCAUGGGAGGACACUCCUCUAGGGAUGGAAGGAGCUCUGGUUCUCAAACAGGAAAAGCCACCAGAUAUUCUCAUGACUGAAGGCACUCAUCCGGAAGGAUUUUUUUUAAACGUUUCUUCACCCCUUGUUACCUCAUUCCCUUCCCAGAUUAACGCACUAGCUACCAUCCACUAGAAGUAUCUAUUCAAAUAUCUACAGUGUUGGUGUCAUUGUUCAGCUAGCCAUAUAGGCUAUGAUGGCGUGACUUAGUUCCUGGAGAACGGCAUCUGCCAGGGAUAUUGUACGAAGUGGGGAAAGUCCUCCUGCCGUAGUACCUGCAGGCAGAUUGUACUUUACAGCUUUAAGAGAUUGUCAAUUUAUUAUUUCCGUUAAGUUCUGCGCUUCUCCUUUAUGGAGUGAUGUUACACUUUUUAGAUUUUAGAUUUAGAUUUUACCUUUUACAGCACAUUGCCAUUGGUAAGAUAAAACCCCAAACAUUGUGCCUGUCUACACCUGCUUUAGUACAUAGGGUGACAGAUACCACCCAUCUGUCAAUAUAAUAAAUUAUAAAUAUAUAUUGUUUUGUUUACGAAAAUAAUACACACACGUUUUUUCUGUCAAAAAUAUCCUUGAAGAGAUCUUUAUUGUGGUUGAUUUAUACAAGGGACAGUUCUAGAAAAAUCUCUGCAGACUUCUCUCAGACGACAGUACAGAUCUGACAGUCAUACCUGUGCGAGUCAUUAACAAUAGUCUCCUUCAUCCUAGUCUACGUGUGUGUUUUCUACACUGUAUCUUUAUCUUCAACACCAUCCCUAUGGGCCAUCCACCAGCCUAUACGGAGAGACACACUUCAUAGUUAUG